AUUAAAAAUCAGCUCUUUCUAAAAUCCCCACUCAUCUAUAUCUUCAAGGGUUUACAAGAACCUGAAACUUUGUUAGCGAAAAUGGCAACUUUGUUCCCUUCUCUUGGACCCAAUUCAAUAUUAUCUCCAUUUGUAGACCGAACCAAAACCCUAAACCCAGUUUUCCAUCGAACCCACUUUGGAAAUCUUCCACUUAACAAACCCUUUUCAAGGGGUAUGCUUGGAGUAGCUCGAUUCGGGUUGGGGCAGGAUCCAUUUCCUGACCCGGAAACUGCAGAGUUGCUUUUCAAGGAUUUGUUUACUCGGGCUGAAGGGUUUUUGUAUACAGUUGCUGAUGCUGCUGUUUCAGGUUCUGCUGAUACUGUUGUUGACACUACUGAAAGUGUUAAACAAAAUAGUGAUUGGCUUUCUGGUAUUACUAAUGGAAUGGAGACUGUUUUGAAGGUUCUGAAGGAUGGGCUCUCAACUUUACAUGUGCCAUAUUCUUAUGGUUUCGCAAUCAUUCUACUAACAAUACUAGUAAAAGCUGCAACUUUUCCUCUAACCAAAAAACAGGUAGAAUCAUCACUGGCAAUGCGAUCUAUGGCACCACAAAUAAAGGCUAUUCAGGAGCGAUAUGCUGGAGACCAGGAGAGGAUUCAACUUGAAACUGCUCGACUUUAUAAACUAGCUGGCGUGAAUCCACUGGCAGGAUGUCUGCCGACUCUUGCCACUAUACCUAUAUGGAUUGGUCUUUACAGAGCCCUCUCAAAUGUGGCAAAUGAGGGACUUCUGACAGAAGGCUUCUUCUGGAUACCCUCGCUAGCUGGUCCAACAACAGUUGCUGCCCGACAAACUGGAAGUGGCACCUCUUGGCUUUUCCCUUUCGUAGAUGGUCAUCCUCCGCUUGGUUGGUCAGAUACUUUUGCAUAUCUUGUCUUGCCUGUAUUGUUGGUUGUCUCCCAGUACAUCUCUAUUCAAAUCAUGCAACCAUCUCAACAGAGUGAUGAUCCAAAUGUGAAGAACUCUCAAGCAAUAACUAAGUUUCUCCCUCUAAUGCUUGGUUACUUUUCACUGUCAGUUCCUUCUGGUCUGAGCCUAUAUUGGUUAACAAAUAACAUACUUAGCACCAGCCAACAAGUAUGGCUUCAGAAGUUUGGAGGUGCAAAAGUUCCAACCUUGAAAGAUGAUACACCUAGGAAAGAGCAACCUCAAAUUCAGAAAUUAGUCUCUGAAGCAACAAUAGCUAGAAAGAAAGAUGGAAAUCCUACUUCAGAUAAGUCCCGCAAGGGUGAAAGGUUUAAACAGUUAAAGGAACAAGAAGCAAGAAAACGACAACAGAGGGAGGAGGAGAAGAGGAGAGCAGAGGUAGCAGCUAAUUAUAGAAAAGAAGACAAGUCAGUUGAGUUAGAAAAUGGGAAUGAAAUUGACUCUAUUAAUGUUGAUUCUACAUCUCCGAGUCGCAACACUUCCACUUCUGAAAAUUAUCGUGUUGUAAAUGGUGAUAGUAUUUCUUCGGAAGUUGAAAGAAGUCAGACUGGUAAAAUUUCAGAUGAUCACAGCCAUGUAGAGGAUCAGCAUGUUUCUGACAGAAUAAAGAAGGGCGAGACUGUUACUUCUACCAGAGCUACAGAUAACAAACUUCCACUUGAAGAUGCACAAGAAGACAGAAGCGAGUAAGCAACUUAAACCAAAUGCUAUACAUUAUACACCCGUAGUGAGGCCACUUGAAUCUGCUGUAGUGCAUCAGAAACCUGAUGCAAAUGUUGGGUUCACGAGCUUGGAGGACCUGGUGAGUUCACACUUGGAGGCUGCAUAGUUGUAAAUUAUGACGUUAAAGAGAACGAGAAAUGGUAAUUGCUACUGAUUCUUUUACAAGCAUAGCUGGAUAAAUACCAAGUAGUGUAAAGAAUCUGCUUUAGCGUCUCAAAAGGAUUAGCGUCACUGGUUUGAUAUUAAUAUACUUAGCAUAUACCAAUGAAGUAGAGUUCUUGUAGAACAGUGUUAUAUUCUGUCAAAUUUGUACCUCAUGUGUAUGGCGGCGGUUUUUCCUU